AUGAGUGCUUCUCAACGUUCUCAACGGAAUUUCAUAACUUGGUUAUUCGUUUUAAUAUUAAUCAUUUAUCUUAUUUACUCCACAAAUUACAUUCUUAACAAUGAUGAUUGUUCUUCCAAUAUUGAUGAAGUUGAUCAUCUUUCGACGAAUAAUAACACGUCUACGUUCACUCUUCAAGAUGAAGAAAAAAACAAACAAAAUGAUGAAUAUUAUAAAAAUGUUCGAAAAAAAGAAGAGGAAACUAAGCUCAAACAUGUUGUGUUUGGGAUAGCUGGAUCGUCGAUUUUGUGGGAUAAAAGGAAAGAGUAUAUUAAGUUAUGGUGGAAACCAGGAGAGACAAGAGGUGUUGUUUGGUUAGAUGAAAAUGUCAAAAUUAAUAACAAUGAAGCCCUACCUGAUAUUAGGAUUUCAGAUGACACUACAAAUUUUCAUUACACGAAUCGACAAGGGAGAAGAUCGGCUCUAAGGAUAUCUAGGGUUGUUUCAGAGACGUUAAGGUUGGGUUUGAAAGACGUGAGAUGGUUCGUGAUGGGGGAUGAUGAUACAGUAUUUUUUGUGGAAAAUGUAGUUAGGGUUUUAUCAAAAUAUGAUCAUAACCAAUAUUACUAUAUUGGUAGCUCUUCAGAAAGUCAUGUACAAAAUAUUUUUUUUUCAUAUUCAAUGGCUUAUGGUGGUGGUGGAUUUGCAAUUAGUUAUCCAUUGGCAAAAGAGUUAGAAAAAAUGCAAGAUAGUUGUAUACAAAGAUAUCCUGGAUUAUAUGGAAGUGAUGAUAGAGUUCAAGCUUGUAUGGCUGAACUUGGUGUACCACUUACAAAAGAACGCGGAUUUCAUCAGUAUGAUGUAUAUGGGAACUUACUAGGCCUAUUGGGAGCACAUCCAGUAACACCACUAGUCUCACUUCAUCAUCUUGAUGUAGUAGACCCAAUAUUCCCAGGAAUUUCCAGGGUUAACGGUCUCCAACGCCUAUUUGAAUCAUCGAAACUCGACUCAGCUAACCUAAUGCAACAAUCAAUUUGCUAUGACAAAGAGAGAUAUUGGUCAAUUUCAGUGUCAUGGGGCUAUGUUGUUCAGAUAAUUAGAGGAAAUGUUUCACCUAGAGAACUUGAAAUGCCUUCAAGGACAUUUCUCAAUUGGUACAGAAGAGCAGAUUACACUGCUUAUGCAUUCAACACUAGGCCUGUUACAAAACACCCUUGCCAGAAACCUUUUGUGUAUUACAUGAACACCGCGAAAUUUGAUCAUUCGAGAAAUCAGAUUAUUGGGAUUUAUUAUAGACAUAGAGAGUCUUCACCUUCUUGCAGAUGGAAAAUUGAGUCACCUGAGAAUAUCAACAGCAUUGUUUUGUUGAAAAGACCAGAUAACAACAGAUGGCAAAAGUCUCCAAGGAGGGAUUGUUGUGGUGUUUUACCAUCAAACAAUAACUCAAAGUCAAAUUUGUACAUGUGGGUAGGCAGUUGCAGAGAUGGUGAAAUCAGUGAAUUGUAGCUGUUAGGGAGAGAGGCUUUACUUUAUUUUUUU